AUGAAGUUUGGCUAUAUCCGCGUUUCCAAGGACGAGCAGAAUUAUGAUCUUCAGAUUGAUGCCCUGAAGCGGGAAGGCUGCGAUCGGAUCUAUACCGAAAAGCUAUCCGGAGCCGCCAAGACCCGACCUGAAUUUGAUAAGAUGCGCGAACAAGUGCGUACGGGUGAUGAAGUAGUAGUUUGGGACAUCGAUCGGCUGGGUCGUACCACCCUGGAGUUGAUUAUGCUGGUCGAUGAGUGGAAUCGGAAAGGCAUUCGCUUUAAGAGCGUUACCCAACCCCUGAUUGACACGACAACUCCCCAUGGCGAGUUUAUCUUUCAACUGUUUGCCAUUCUAUCCCAACAUGAGCGAAAGCGACUCAUUCUGCGCACCAAAGCUGGCUUGGAAGCGGCCAGAGCUCGGGGGCGAACGGGUGGGCGCAAAAAAGGCCUGAGUGCUCGUUACGAGAAAAUUGCCCCCAUGGUCCGAAGUGCUUAUGGGGAAGGACGGACCAUUCGGGAAAUCAUGCAGGCGUUUUCGAUUCCCUCCUCGGCUACCGUUUACAAGAUUGUCAGUGCCAGUCGACAAACCACCGCUUCAACGUCCUUAAUUUUAGUCGAUGAAACACCCAACUAUUAG